AUGGUCGGGUUGAUUGAUAUUUCUACCCAAACUGCAGCUAUAGCUGGCGUUACAAUUUUAUCUUUAGCGUACGCAUUUUAUCAGUACUUCGUUCAGCCGCUUUAUUAUUUUCAGAAAUUAAAUAUACCGGGCCCUAAGCCUUCAUUAUUUGUUGGCACUGCAUUUAACAAAGAGACAGGCGGACAUCUUGGACAAAUACAUUGCAUUAAAAAAUAUGGUAAAGUUUAUGGCGGUUUACUAGGUGUAAGGCCAAUCAUGGUUAUAGCUGAUCCAGAAAUGCUUAAAGAGGUUUUGGUGAAACAAUUCAGUAACUUCCCUAAUAGAUAUGCUGUUAUACCGCCUGCUCCGGAAUUUAGUAGAAAUCUUCUUGCUAUCAAAGAUGAUGACUGGAAACGUAUCAGAAACGUACUUAUACCAACGUUCAGUGCUACAAAGUUAAAACAAAUUGAACCGAUUAUAAUCGACGCUUGCGAUACUCUAGUAGGUAAAAUAAUUAAAGAAAAUCGAGAAAAUGGGAAAGUUAAUAUCUGGAAACUAUGUGGCGAAUACAGCAUGGAAGUCAUUAUGGCGGCUGCAUUCGGUGUACACGUUACUGAUAAAGUUAGAGGACAAAAAAUUUGUAAAGCCGCGGCUGCAUUUUUUGGCGGAUCUGAUGUAGCUUUGUUAAUAGCAUCAGUUGUACCUUCAUUGUAUCCUUUUCUAAGCUUUCUAGCUAGAGAAAGGACUAAUGCAGUAAAUCAUACCGUUCAAGUCGCUAGAGCUGUUAUAGCCGAGAGAAGACGAAAUUUACAAAAUGGCCUAACUAAUCGUCGAGAUUUAUUACAAUUAAUGAUUGAAGCUGCAGAGAAUGGAAAAUUAACUGAUGACGAGAUUGUUAGCCAAUCCUUCAUAUUUUUAUUAGCCGGCUACGAAACAACGUCGAAUGCGUUAGGCUAUACGUCUUAUCUACUAGCAUUAAAUCCACAAGCUCAGCAACGUUUAAUAGACGAAAUCGACGAGAAAUGUCCUAAGGGUACAAAUCCGACGAUAGAGCUACUUUCCGAACUUCCUUAUCUAGAUAUGGUUUUCAAUGAAUCGUUACGAAUAUAUCCACCAGCGUAUAUCGUAAAUAGAGCUACAAAGCAUGAAACAGUUAUUAAGGGAGUUAAGAUACCUCAAGGCCUGAUAGUAGCGAUUCCAAUAUACGGUAUUCAUCAUAAUGAUGAAUUAUGGCCAGAUCCAGAAAAAUUUAUACCAGAACGAUUUACACCCGAAGAGAAAGCUAAACGUCAUCCAUUCGCUUAUCUUCCAUUCGGUAACGGUCCAAGAAAUUGUAUCGGUAUGAGAUUAGCUAUAACCGAAGCUAAGUUAGCUUUAAUCAAAAUAUUACAAAAUGUAGUACUUGAACCAGUAAAAGAGACUCCAAUUCCUCUAGAAGUUGAACCAAAGUUAACAUUAUCUGUAGCAAACGGUGUAAUAAUAGGUGUAAAGGAACGUUAA